AUGGUUGGAAGUGACGUUGCUAGGACCUGCCUCUUGGAAGCAGCAUCGCUUACACCCGAAGUAUCAAGGCUGGAAGGAGGACCGGAGGGCAAUACUUUGACCAAUGGCCAGAAACAAGUACCGAAUUCAGGAACUGAUGUUGGUAUCGUUAGCGAUGUAUCCAAACCACACUGGCGUUACGGGAGACCAUCAUCCACAUCGUAUCAACGACCUGCGUCAUCGUCGGACCUCGAGCCUCGACGGACCUCCAGUGCGCGACGAACUGGCUACGACGCGGAACCUUUGAGUAUUAGUGAAAGUGGCAAUGUCUGGAAUGCGUUCACCCCGUAG